AUGUCUUCCCGCACACCGGCCCCCGUGCCCACUGCACGCCGGCCGCGCAAGUCCACGGGCCAUUCACCCGUCCGUAAGCGCCUCGACAAAGAGAACAUCACCGUCGACGUGGCCAGCUCUUUGGCCGGUAAUGGAGGCCGAAAGAAGUCACGCAGCAAGAGUAUGGGCCCGGGAGGCUUGGAUGUCCUCAAGUCGGGUUCCGGAAACAGAAGAGUGUCCUUAGCCGCUCCCGCCAGACCGCCGCCAAGAUCGAUUCUCAAGCCCACAAUGCCUCUGCUCCCCGAGAUACCUCCCCAUAAGCCUAAGAUGCGCUAUGGCUCGAGUUUCCAUGGAGCCGACAAGGCGCAUAGUCCCUUCGGAAACGACGAUUCCACCUCUUCCGGGACCAAGAUUGCCCUCCGUACCGAAGAGGAGCAGCAGGCGGCAGCCAGGAAACGCGAGGAGGAAGAGAGGGCCGCUCUCGAAAAAGAAAUUAAAGACCGUCGCGAGGCACGCAGGAAAUCCUUGGCCAACCGAAGAGUCUCCUUCGCCGCCGAGGCCACGCUGCAUACCUUCCACGAGAUAGAGUUCAUGCAGGAUUCCACCACAUCGACUGACGAUACGCGACGCGCUUCGUCCCUAGCCGCACAGCCUUCACUCCCCGCGCCAGCCAGCCCCGACGCAUCAGAUCCGCCGUCGACUCCGCCAGAGCAAGCCGAUGAUCUGGUGCCAGAAUCGCCUGAACACCAGAGAGAUCUUCAUCAGAGGAAGCGCCGCCGAAGCUCGGGGGCUUCCACCCUGAACUACCACAACCCAGAUGAUGACACUUUGGCGUCAACUGUCUACAGUUCCGACUCAGAGGCCACGGACGGCGUCAUUGAGGAGAUCAACUCGGACUCCGGGAGCGAUUCGGAUGACGGCACUACCAUGUUGGACGUCGACGAAGUCACCAGCACAUCCAUUGCUUCGGGGCGCACUUACAUGUCGGAUGAUGACGAUAUGGAUGACACCUUGGACGGUGCGCUUCGACUUGCCGCAAGACAGGCACAAACGCAAAGUAUCGAUGAGGAGGAGGAGGUCAUCCCCUCCUUUGGUUGGGCCAAGAAGCCUGCACCAAAACAGCAGAGCCCUCAGCAGAAGCAAGGGCAAUCCAGCACAUCUCAAACCAGCCCGCACGACGAAGACCAAGAUGCAGACAAUGGUACAGACAUGGACAUGGACAUGGACAUGGAUAUGGAGAUGACCCAAGCCAUGGGAGGUAUCCUCAAGUCCAAUGUUGCCGAGGAUGACGAUCAAGGCGAAGAUAUGUCUAUGGAUGUCACCAAGGUCUUGGGUGGUAUUAUGCCUCAACAAAGGGCCAUUGCGCCAUCGGCGCCUACAAGUCCCGACAAGGCUGCUGACGGCUCAGUCAUGGAAGACACUACGAUGGACCUGACCAUGGCAAUUGGUGGCAUCCAAAAUCCUCAACGCUCACAAGAUGACCUUUUCGAUCUCGAAAGCAACGCUGACAACGAAGAUAUGUCUAUGGAGUUGACUUCCGUCUUGGGAGGGUUUCUGGGAGCAAAACAAGCCGGAAAGAGGAAGUCCCUUCCUACACGGCGGCGCACCAUGGCGGCUGACGAUGAAGCUACCAUGGAUAUGACGGUGGGUCUCGGUCGCAUCCUCCCCACGACCCAGGCCAACGAGUUCGAGGACGCUGAAGAUGACGCCACCAUGGGUAUGGAGAUGACCAUGGCUAUGGGGGGCAUCAUCAAAGGUCCUUCUCCCGUGAAAGACCGCUCAGUAGCCAAGCAGUUGAUGGAGGAAGAGGUGGACAAAGCUGACGAUACACCUGUCGAAGCAAAUUCACCAGCGAAGAAACGACUGUCUGCCCUGGUUGGAGCCGCUGAUACAUCGGGUGCCGCAAGUCCUGGUCUAUCCGCCUUUCAAGGAACCGGCCUUCGUCGCAGCAUCAGUCAACGGCCACAGACUAUUGCUAGCUCCUCCCCGCUCCGGUCGUCACCCGUGCGGUCAUCUCCUGUCCGGCCCUCUCCAGUCCGUCAAGCGUCACCACCGAAAUCUUCGAGUCCCGUCAAAGAGGCUACACCAAACGCUAAAGGCGCAUCGAGCCCCCUCAAGACUCCGCCGUCAAGACGGUCACCCAGCCGGAGUGUCUCUCCUCAACGUCCGGCUGCCAAUGAGUCAACAACAUCUCAAUCUCCUCAGAAGAGCCCACAGAAGUCUACGCUCUUCCAACGCAACCCAUCGACAGGUGCUUCGACCCCCUUGCAUAUACUCACUCCUCAGAGACGGAGGCUAUCUGGCGUCGGCGUCGAUCGUCCCGGACUGGGAUCUCCCAAAGUAGCAGCAAUCAUGGACCGGCGAGGCUCCAUCGGCGAAGCCGCAAAUAACUUUGUCCCUGGGAAACCAGGUAGAGGGGUUACAUUCGCUGACCCUCGCGCCUUUGAAGAUGAGGUUGACAGGGAUCGAGAGGAUGAGGAAGCUAGAGAAAACGGACGAAGCAUUCUUGAAAGGGAGGCGGAUGGAGACGAUGAGAACACCACUGCGACUCUGAAGGACAUGAUCAAUAACAUGUCGCCGAAGAAAAAGAACAGCAACAACAGCGUCUUCAAGGGGCGCAAAAGUCUCCAUGUUGGAAGCGCCAGGGGUCUUCUCGGAAAGCGUCCUGCCGAGCUCGAUGACGAGGAAGAAGAGGAAGACCGCGAUGGUGUCAAAAGACUUAAGGGUCACCAGAGCAGCCCAGUCAAGAACGUGCGGCUACAUGCUCCUCCUUCCAAGGCAGAGACUACUGGGCGCCUGACACGUUCUAUGCGGCACAGCUUGGAGGAGACGAGCGGUAAUAUCACCACACCCAGCACAUCACUAUCACCGAAAAAGGGCUCAAAGGCUGCGCCCUCUCCCCAUGGCCAAGGAAGGUUCAAGGAUGUCGAGGAUCAACCUACCAACACCUUCAGUUUCGACGAAGUGCCGCACCUCAUCGACCCCGAAAUUCCCGACGAUGACCAGGAACGUAUUCAUCUUCAAGACUUCCUAAACAUGACAAGCAUCCGUUUCAUGGAACUGACAACGACGAAAAGACGGCACACCCAGGCCCCAACUGCUAUGCAAGAUAGCACACUGCACAAAGAAGAGGAUAUUUCUCUCGAGAGAUGUGUUAUUGCCGGCGCGUGCACCGUGCCAAUGCUGGAGCUCUACCAACACUCGUGUCGAGAACUGAAGAAAUACAUAUCUGAAGGUCGUCGUAUCGUGCGCGAGAUUGAGACGGAGACGUUUGUCGAGAACCCGCCGCUCUUCAAGGAGUACAUAUCUGCCUCACCGGACUUCAAGAUCUUGAUGGACAAUCAAUUCAAGAAUGUCAAGACUCAUGCGCGCUUGUUGAGCAAAGCGAUGUGGUACGAAUGGCGUAUGAAGCUGCAAGAUGGGUUAAAAGAGGGCCUCGUCAGAAUUGCUGAGGGAAUGGACGCUGACGGACAACUCUUGCGAAAGGAGGAGGAGCUACUCCAAUCCAUUCUGCCCCAGCUCGACAACAAGUUCAAAGCGCUGGAAGCAGAGAACCAGAACUUGCAAUCCAUCGCGCAAGAGCUUGCAGAUUGUGACCCGGAAGAUCUCCAGGCAGCACGUGCUGAGCUUACAGACGUUGAUGCCGACAUCGAGGCUAAGAUGCGCCAGAUCGAAGAGUUCCAUCAGGCCCUCCUGGAAACUCAAGCUACAGUCGAAGACAUGGUUGAGCGGAAGCAGGAGUGUGUCGCCGCUAUUGCUGAGGCAGAGAAGGUCCGAGAGGAAUGCCGGGGAUGGACCAGUACCGAGAUCAACGCGCUGAAAGCCAAAGUAGACGCCAUCGAGAGAGAACACGGGUGGAACAUAACCGGCAUUUCAGGGACGACAAUUUCUAUGACCUACAAGCGCGAGAUUGAGCUCGUCUUUGAUAUUGCUUCUUUCCAGGGGACAAAGCCGAACUCGCGCAUCGAUCUCUGGUAUAUUGCAGCCAAUCGGGAGACGCAGCCGCAGCCCAUAUCGCCCGAAAGGGAAUUUUUUGUCCAGUGUAUCCGCGAUUACGUAAGGACACUACCGCAAGCCUCCACCAGAAUCCCCACUCUUCUCCGGGUUGUGGGUGCGGCCUGGCGCAUGGCCGGCGCCGUGUUCGACGACAUCCGUUUGCUCAAUUGCACGUUCCCGACUGAGGUCGUCAAGACUGGCGACUCGUCGAUUGCAGUGAAACUUGUGAUGCUAUUGGCGCCACUGGAGACCAAGAUCGAGAUCGUUCUCGGACUUCAGGCCCAGCGCGGCCCCGACGGCGUUCAGGUUGCUAUCGUGCCCCAGGCGGAGGUGAUCUACGGUGAGCAUUUCAAGGUUGACAAAGUGGUCGAGUACCUCACAACCCGGAUUGGCAGUGUCGUUGCCACAAAGGCGGAUAACCAGGAGAAGGAGUCUUGGAGCGACAUCGUCGUCGAGCUGCACCAGAGGCUCGUGGCGAGGGGGCGGAAAUAA